AUGAAACAACUACCUUGCGCAAUGAAAACAGCAAAAGCUGCUCUGACAAGUGAGAAAGAGCUUCGUUCGUUCGAAAAGUGCUUUUCGAAGAAGAAGCUGGAAAAAUUUGUGACCCAAGUGUUCUCCGGGAAGGUCAGAGAAGCGCAUGCCAGUGGUCCGGAAAAAGAAGAUGGGGAUCGAGUGUUGGAAGAUCACCAGCCUGCAAGCGAUGCAGCAACAGCAUCGAGGAGUCCUCCUGCUGGAGCUGCACCAGAGGGGCAGAAGAAGGAAUUAGCGUCACAUGUCGCAGAGCAGACGAGCAGCGAAAAUAAGCCACAGACCACCUCCUCUCCGACAAGCACCACCGUUGGCGACUCCCCCACUGGCGCAUUUCCUCGAACCCCUGUGAACGAUUUGACCUGGAAAUCUCUUUCGACCCAACUGUUCAACAGCAAGGAGGCUGAUCUGUCAGCGGCAACAGUCAUCAUCGAGCUCUACCAUCGGGAUCGGGAUAGAAAGUUUGAGAGGGAGGCGAUUUACCACACGGCCGCGCUGGUCUUCGAGGAGUUGGAGAGGUUGGAGAUAGGGAGCAAACCAACCGGGGCGACGUCGCAGAUACUUGACGGCAGUGCGGUCGUACUCGGGAAGAAAAAGUCGAGUCUUCGUUUCUUCCGCUACGACAUCAGCGAAAAUUACGUCAGUCCGGAGAUUUUCGGCGAGAAAUACCAUAAGCUAUUCGGGGAAACAAGUAUCGGGAGGAAAACGGAAGCGACGGAGCAAGGGGCUGUGUUUUUGUUCCACGGAAUUGAAAAUACACCUGCAAGAACUGCUGGCGAUAGAAAUACACUGACCACCGCCUCCAAAAUAAAUUCGCUGGCUUCACUUCGUCGCGGCCCCCCUGCUGUUUUUCCGCUUUCGUUUUCGGGGAAGGAGCCCAGAGCGCUGUUGGAAGGGUUGGUCAAGUGGAUCCACAAGAAAACGACAACGUCCUCGUACCCAGCAACGGCAUCAAGGGCUGCUUCAGCGAAAAAUCAGCUUCGAGACGCGUUAGACCUCGUAAAGGAUUUCGAACCUGAAAUCCUUGCUCGGGCAAAAACGGCGGAUGACAACGAAAGACGGCAAAAGAAAGAAAAACAAGCGGCGAUUGAUAAGAUGAUGAAAACGCUGAAGCAAGAAAAGGGCUUGUACGACAUCCGAGACAGUGCCUUCAUGUCAGCGGCGAGCGGAAAUGCAAAUGGUGCAGGAAGUGCUACUGGAGGAAGCGGAGGAGAACCAACUGAAACCAAAGCGCCCCCGCUGAAACAGUUCCGCGACCGUGGGGGAGUGAAGGACGAUAAAAAAGGAAAAAAGAUGAAACCGAAAAAAGCGAGGAAACAAGGACCGACAAAACGCUCAAAGGAGCUGAGAGCCCGAGCUGCAGCUGCGGAACGGCGUGCAGAAGAAGCGAUAGAGAAGCAGAAGAAGGGGAGGGAAGAAAAGCUGCAAAGACGCAAGGAGGUUGUAGCUUCGCCUUCGGCGGCUGCUCGUCAUACUGUUCCAUCUGCACCGAAGAUCAUGAAGAAAGAUCAUGUCGCUCCAGAAGAGAUGAUCCACACAGUUUCCUGGGGGCAGACGAAAGACACGUUGCACCUCACCCUGCACUUCUCUUCCAAUUUCAAGUCCUGUGUGACAGAGCACCUUCUUAAACAGGGCGAGAAGAAUAAGAACACGAACCCGCGCAAGUUUUUCGACGCUGUCACCGUGAAGAUUGCGGAAGAGCAAGAUGCUGUUGUAAUAGAAGCGGAGUUAGACGACGACGAGGACGAGCAGGCAAGCGCAGCAUCAGUUUCAUCCCGGACCACGACUUUGUCUUGCGCUGGCAACAACAUGACGCCUGUGGCCUUCCGCACGACGACCCGUCUCAACCUCCGAGAAUUUGUCCGGAAAGAGACCCUCGAGCUUGCGUUUCAGGGCCAACAGACGAGAGACGCAACAGCUUCCACGUCAGUGACUGCACCAACCGCCACCGUCGAAGCGCAAGCGAUUCUGACAGUGCGAAAGAAGAUUCCGCACCGGUGGGACCGUUUGUUGGACACUUGCAGUGCGAAAAAGGGCAAGGCGUUUUUCGAAACAGCAUGCAAGACUACAAGCUCCUUCCAGCGCCAGCACUCAGAAAAAAACUAUAGGAGCAGUUCAACAUCAAUGCCUUUCCGGUUGAAAAAGGAUUGGGUAAAGGAGGACCCGAAUUUGGAGGAGGAGGAAGAUGUGGAGCUCCCCAAAUGCAAAGAUUUGAAACCAAUCACCGGGUCGCAGCUGGAGCUAAUUUUCGAAAGAGGAAGCGCUGAUCAUGUUGCGAGGUCACAAAUUUCAAUUGCUGUUGCAUGUCUUUUCGUAGGCGCAUGGUUCUAUGGUGAAUGAGACGCUACGCCGCACGUCAUCUGGUGCAGCAAUUUGUGACUGUGACACAUUCAUAUUGCGAAAAUUCAAUUUGAAAUAGAAACUCUUCUACAGGCCCUCAAUCGCGUCGACGACAGCAUUGCAGCCAAGCUCAAACGAGACAAGUUCCGAAAAAUCCAGCGCCGUCUUCCCCCGCAUGCUCGUUCUGUUAGUCCGUCACCCCUGGUGCCGUGCCUGUGAGGAAAAGGACCGGGAAAUCGUGAACUUCGUGAAAUGGAAAUCCAGCGAACUGCCGGCCAAUUUGGUGAAGUUCGCGGUCCUUGACGCCAGGGAGUACAAAAAUGUGGCAAGUCGCUUUUUGCAGGACCAUUCUGCUGCGUCCGCGGAUGAAAAUUUCAGCGGCGGAAAUCUUCCCGUUCUUUCUGCCUGCGACGCCACCUGCCCUCUGCACGUCUUCAAGCGUGAGGAGGGGCUGGAUAAGUUUUACGUCCUACCGGCGAAGAAGUGGCACGAGGAGUACUUGCUGGAUAUGUACCAGUAUGCGGUGCCGCUCGUGACUCUGUUCAACCAGGAACUAAAGCAAGACGCUGAAGAAAAUUAUGAGAUCUAAGGUUUUCGUAAGGAAAUAGUUGAUCGUCAAUUGUGGGAGUUGUCUAUAGUCGGUUUCGUAUCCGGGGCUGUGAGCAUCCGGUCACCACACUCACACUCUGUUGAAAAGCGACUUUCACGUUCGCCCUUCGGCUUUUGCCUUCGGCAUUGUGGCAGCUCCUUUUCGCGUGUUUGGUCAGCAAACACUGCUCCGACUCGCCUCUCGUCGUCCCGGUUUCUUCACUUGUAUGCUUGUUGAUUGCGAUGUCGUUGGGCGUUAGCAUGUCCGCUGCGCACACACGACAGGGCAGUCGCUGGUGACAGUGCCAGCACCUCUCGCUCAGUUGUUGGACAGAGUACCUCAUUGGUGGUAGCAGCACGUAUGCAUGUGAAGUCGUGUCCCGAACACACUUGGCGUAAGGCUGCCGCAUGUAUGUGUUCUAUGGCUCUUGGCUAAGACAUGGCAUGCUGCGUGUUGAUCUUGUCAUCACACAUGUUCACAAGGUUAGACAUUCGUACUGCUUACCGGGAUCAUACGAUGUCUGUUGCAAGAGCGAAAAAAGAUCUUUUAGAGCUCUUACAGUUUUGCCGUGCGUCAGAGACAACAGUAAUACGAGUCUGGUCGUCCAACAAGAUGGUCGUCUCUCUGUCCGCAGCGGAUCUUCCGCAGUUGCAACGCAUUAUGUCUGCUUGCUCUAACGACGUCUCGCUACACACCCCUGUGUGGUGUGCGCUGGUGUACGGCAGCCGCGCCCUGGAGUCGGUGGCCAACAUUGUGGAAUCGCACGCUUUGCGCAUGCAAGCAGCAGGUCCGAAGGUGGUCAACGAAGCGAAUAAUGACCCGAUGACCACGGUUGCCGCCGUGGAGGCCAUGCGCCGCACAAUUACUGAGUCUCACGACCUGACGGUGAGCACUUUGAUGGUAUGUUUUUUUCCUUUUGCGAUACGCAUGACUGCAUGACGCUCGAUGAUGCUGCAUGAUACAACCCAUCAAAUUGUCUCAGGAAUCGGCGCAGACGGUGCUGCCGGGGACGAAACCCUGCGCCAAAUUCAAGCAAAUGCUCUGGGAAAUUCCAGUGGUGAUCCCGCCGCAGUUCGCGGCCGCCAAGGCCUGGAGUCCCAAAUUCAAGGAAUGGGUCCACGGCACAGCCCCGAUCCAGCAGACUGGUUUGGUGCGCCUGUUGAUGGACCGCAACGUGGCGAAAAUGUUCGAAGACGCGAGUGCUAGUGUUAGCACUACGAGUACUUCCGCAAGCUAAAUUUCCCACAGAUUCGUGUCGUUACAAGACGUAUUUGUCUUUAUGAAUUAGACGAACCAGUCUAACUCUCAGGACAAUUCCGAACACGAGUUCAACUAUUUUGAAACUCUGAACGCGAAUUACUGGCACUACCAUCUUGACCUUUCAACGUAAUGGUGUUCGAGCUUUUCGUUUCUUUUGGUCGUGUUGUAGCUCACGCCGUUUCGCAUAGAUUACUCUUGAGCCGCCGUGCAAGCCACAGCGAAAUCAUGUCAAGAUGCGUAAUUUGUUACGACGACAGCGUGGUAGACGCUGGCAGGGAGCUAUGGUGCACAGAAGUCGCCUGUGCGAACAAGCACUGCAUCUGCUCCACCUGCUACUCCAGCAAAGGAGGUGUCAUCCUGAUCGCCGAAUUCGGAGCCUGGGGCCAGUCCACAAAGUGCGGCAAGUGCAAAGCAUGUGACAGAUCCAAGACAGUUGCGAACUCAGCAAAGGUAAAAGAUAGAAUCGACCAGCGAGCAGGAACUGCAGCCGUUACGGAGCAAGUCAUCGCAGCUUUCCCUUGGUGCGCCCAAUUCGCCGCUACGUCGGUAGAGAGAAAGGCGAAGUACUACGACAUUCUGAAAAGGCCGCCGAUACGCCGCUCCCAAAAGAUUGAGAAAGAUCAAGGAAAGUACAUGAUGAAGCUGCUCGGUCAGUGCCUGGCCAACACCAACCAAGCGGCUCAGGUACGCUUUUUUGCUUUGUAGCGCAACGGACUUUGAUUGCCUAGUAAAUACAGCAUGACAAAUUCUUCAUUGUUAUCACCACAGGACUUCAUCGACAGCACAAACAUGCAAGAGAUUCCGAAGUGUUCGUGGAAGACGAUGAUUCUCCCGCCGGAGGGAUCGCUGUUGGAACUCAAGCAAUACUUGCAAACCUUGACUGACUUGUUUCCGUCCGAGGAUUGGAUCACUCUGGCCCGAUAUUUCUUGUGGCCCGUGACCUACUACGAAAAAAAGUCGGCCGCCCUGACCAAAAACUCCGUGGCCAAGAAGAGUUUGUCUUUGAAUUACAAUUAUCAACUGUGCAGACAUUUUCCUUUUCAUGUUGCUCUCGUCUUGACACGUGAUACGCAAGCAGAUAUCCAUGCAGAUCACCACAUAACUCUCAUGCGAUUGUUUGCUAGGUAAUCACAAAAAUUACAAAAGCCAGGUAUUUUCUCAUCAAAGAUUUUGCGGCCGCCCUCAAAAAGAAGUAUCAGCCGGCCGAUGGCUCGCAAAUUUGCCGCCUAAAAGGCUGCCGAUUUUUUUCUAAUAUUGUGGGCCCCACAUUGUUCCGGCAUGGCGCCCCCCUUGCUUCUUUUCGUCGUGGCCCCGCGAGUCUGGGGCCCCGAGGGUUCUGGAGGUAGUCCGGGCACGGGUUUUGUCGUCGGUAGUUUUUGCAGGUUUUGGAAGCUGGGGCGCUGGGGAUUUGCGUUUUUAGCAUUGUUUGGCGAAGAUUGCCCGCCCCGGGGUCUCCAGGGCCCGGGGCGCAUCCGGCCCGGGGUUGCCAAGGUUUGCGCCCCUGCGAUGUUUGCGCCCCAGAAGGAAGGCAGCGCGAUUGUUUUCCAUUUGUCUCGGGCCGCACAUCAAUGGCCCCGGCCCGCCCGGCCGGGGUUCACGAGGGGCGCAGAAGUGGGGCGGGGGGGGGUCUAAUUUGGGCUCUAAUUUCGCGUCUAAUUUGUUUCUAAUUCCAGCAUAGGGAAUGUGGGGGGAUUUGCAAUGAAAAAAAUUAGCCGUGAUUUAGCCAGGAAAUUAGGCGCGAAGUUAGUCGCUUGCCUUAGCAUCGAUUUAGGCAAGGAAUUAGCCGGAGGCAAGAGGCGCCCCGCCCGGCCUGUUUCCGGCUAGGCGGUUGGUGUUGAUCAUUUUGCCGGGCGGCUUCCCGGCUUUUUGUGUGGGCGAAUUGCCGCCACCCCUAAUCUUGCAUCUCGCGCCUGACCCCCCCUCGGGGCCGCCUCCCUUCUGGGCCAUUUUCUCUCUGGAUGGGAAGAGCCCAGCGGCGUUCGGUAUUUGGCCGCGAAGUUCUUGGCCCCGUUCGUUUUUGUUGUCCCGCCCAACGUGAUUUCUGCCCGGUGGCCUUCGGGCUGGGUGUUGUCUUUGGCGGCAUUGCCGCCACUUUCUUUUUUUUGUUUUCCUUCGUAACAUUAGAAAAAAGAUAGCAAGUUUUAAGCCUUGGAGAAUGCCCGGGGUCGGCUGCCUGACAAGUACGUCGCGUCCGCGGUCGACGAGGCAUUUUACAACCUCGAGUACGCCUGUGCAAUGACGCAGGCGGCUUGCGAUAAUUUGUGCAAGCCCAGUAUUAUGCAGCGCAUGACGCAGAUAGGCGGAAGCUUCAUGUCGAUGAUCGCGGGAGGCGGCGGCAGGAACGCCUUCCCUGAGCUGGGACAGAACCCCACAGACAGCAACGCGAUCCAGCAAAAGAGUCAGCAGCUGUACAACGAGAUCAGCCGCAUCAUGACCGAGGCACCGCGCACCACCGCAGGAGCAUACGCUGCGAUGGAAACGGCGAAAGCCAAGAGCGACGCGAUUCUGUCGCAGUGGAUGCAGAAGACCCAGAGCUGUGUCAACUGCCUCAUGGGCGGCAAGGGUCCAGGAAGCCACCAUGUGGGAAAAAAGAUGGGUUUGAAGGCCUGCUCAGACUCGAACAACACGCGCUACAUCAAGUGCCCACGCCCGCAGUGCAACGGAGAAGCCCACUGGAACAAGAGCUGCCCGGUCGUCCUUGCAGGAAAGAACGGGGGUGGCAGCCAGCAGUUCGGUGGGAGCCAGCAGUUUGGUGGUAACCAAAAUUUUCAAAAAGGUCUUGGUAGUAAUUUGCUCCGUCCGUUCAAUGGAAAUGGAGGUCAACCGUUUGCGAAAAGAACCAAAAACAACAAUGGUGGAAAAGGGCGCAACAUUUCUAACGUCACUACUUAUGCCAACCCCUUCAACUGACGAAGUAACCUGUUUCAAUUUCUUUAUCGAUAAAAGAAUACAUGAGUCAAGGCAGAUACAAGCGCCCCCUUUUCCAUGGCGUCAAUGUAGCUCGACGCCGACGGUGGCAUGUUCUUUGAAGUUGUGUCACGCAGGAGAGAUCAUGGCAAGAGAUUAGUGAGUCCUCACCUUUUCUUUUAUUUUCUUUCUUUCGUCUGUUGCCCGGUUCUUCCUGUUGUUGCGUCCGGAGUGCAUUUUGGCACACACAGAUCUUCCAGCAACCUCUAUGACAGCCUUAGUAGGUAGUCACUUCACGAUGAGCAAAUUAAUUGCAAGUGAUGCGAUAAAAGACGCUCUUGGCCAAGAGGUCAGGCAGCGCGAGUUACACAAAAUUGCUGAGCAAGCGGCGGUAGCAGCAUCGCUGAAAGAAUUAGCGAACGCUGAAAGGAAAUCAAGCAAAAAGCCGAUCGUCGCGCCACCACAAGCCGCACCUAUCGCCCCCGCAUCAUCGAAGCGGAAAGCACCUGAGUACUACAGCGCUCUGAUGGACGCGGUGGAGACAGAGUUAGUGUGUGUGGAGGACUGGCACGAGGAGGCUCUAGAGGAUUUCAGCGCAAUCGUGCCGUCGUCGGGAUUCGUGACUGCCGCCUCCUCACCAGCGGCGGAGCAUAAAUUCGCGACAACGCUAUUCGGAGUUACGGGAAUACGCGAGCACAUGGAAUUACGGAAAGAGGCGCUGAAGAAACCGCUGGGCACACUAAUGUGCAUGAACGCCUGGGCAGAUGUAUCGCAGUGUAACUCCAGCGCAUGCAAUUCGUCGCAAGGAGCAGCAGCUGGCUCUGUGACGUCGUCGAGUUCAACUUCAUCGAGUGCAACGUCGUCAAGCGACGCCACGUCCGACUCCAUCGCAAUCAUAUCGAAACCGGGAAACAUAGUGCUCACGACUCCCACGCCGUCGAUAGCGAGUGUUUUACAUUUUUACCAGCAAGCAAAAGGAAAAGCCGCAAAGAAUUACACGCCAGUUUCGGAAGAAGGUCUCAAGAUCGAUUUUACAAUAAAGGCCGCAAGCAGCGAGAUGUUCGGUGCCUUCCCGCUUUCGGACCAAGCAGCCCAGUUAUUAGAAUCGGCGACCGCGGACCACGCCAACUCCUCGAUAACAGAGGGUACGUCGAGAAGCUACACAUCGAUCUUGUCGAAGGUGAUCCCAGCCGUCGCGCGGGAAUUAGGUUUCAUUCUGUGGCCGAUAACCACGGAUGCCGAGGCAGCGCUGCUGUUCGUGACGUUCGCACAUGUUCACUCGGUCCACAGCGCCUACAAGAAUGAAGAUUCGAAUCGAAUACGGUGGGGCGCUUUUUUACAAUUGAGCGCGGCGAUAAACGCCUUCAAUUCCUCGAGAAUCGAGUUAAGCGGCUACACCACGAAGAACAGAGGAGCUUUCUUCCAGAAGCUAUGGAAAGGGUGCGUUUUAUUUGUUUCUUGUCGCCAAAAGUUUGAUGAUGGUUUCUCUGAGCACAAAUUGUUGGAACUUCGUCACGAGUCAUCACAUAUUUCCACAACACAGGUUCAAAAAAGAAGCACACCACGGAGCCCCACUGGAUGCGAAGUGGUGUCCGACGUCCACCGAGAUGCUCGACGCCUACACGACCGAAUGGGAGCAUUGGCAGCGACACCACAAGCACAUGGUAGACAGCGAAGGAGAUUUCCAGAAGAAAGUCUUGAGAAACAUGUCGCGCAACGAUAUAGAUCUAGUUUUACGACUUCAAAAAUUAGCGAUAGUUGUCGUAGCUUUCUUCUGUGUUAGACGGAGCGACGAGGUCAGACUGCUGCGGUUGCGUGAUGUAACAAUCACCGCGUCACCAGGGUCGGGGCCGCAGUGCGCAGUUUUCGUUUCUCAAGCAAAGAGCGACCAGCUCUCAUUCGGCUCCCUCAGAAGCCUGGGUGCCAACGCAUUUCACAAGAAUGAUAGCUGAUUACCAGCGAUUUGCCCGCGCCUUCUUUGACAUAGUACUAGGACGAAAAAUGGCCCCCGCCGACGCCUUUUUCUUCGUCAUAGGGAAUGCGAACAUUAAAACCAGGGGUGCGUUCAAAUCUAGCAAAGAUGGUAUUAGGAAAGACAUCAAAGCCUUUUUCAGCUACGCCUUGCCAGGCACGGUCCCUGAAAAACCAAUCUCGCUGCGCAAAGGGGGAGCAAAGCAUUAUAUCGAGCACGAUGUCUCGCGACGUUUCGCUUAUUAUCAAGGCGGAUGGAGGAACAGCUACUGUCUUGAUGUGCACUACGCACCUAUCUCGAGUAUGGAACUAAGACAGAUGGCAAACAGACACUCGUCCAAAAGCUUAGAAACCUAUGCGAAUAUCGCAAGCCUGCGGGCACUUGACCGCGCCCACGCGAUAUAUCUACACGAUGAUGACGCGAUCAAAUUUUCGCGCGAGGUCGAGAAGGUGGCAUGGGACAGAACCUCUUUAGAAUCCUUCCAGGAGGAAUGCCCCAGGCUUUUCUCUCACGCCGCGUGCAGCUCUUGCGAUGCGGCAGUGUACGGAAAAAUUUUAGAUUUUUUAUCAAAAUGCGACGAAGAUUCAUAAGCGAAAAUCUCACACCAAACAUGUAAAUCUCAGCCACGCAGGCUUCUCGCACUACGUGAUAUGUUGUCCUUGUUUGCAGCUACUGGCACAGAGCGUCAGCAGAUCUGAGCGCAGGCGCGACGUAGAGAGAAACGCAAGUGGUAGCACACGGUGCAAACCAGAUCCAAAAACUCACUACCGCAAGCAAGCAUUAGCCUAGCGUUAGCAGCUCAGCCUUAGUUUACAGUAGAAAUAAUGGAACGACCGCUAGGGCAUUUGUCAGGAUGGCGCUUCUGGUUCUUUGUGACCAAGGUGACCAUGCAGAAAUGCUGGUUGCUCUUACAGCGUCUCAGCACCAUACCGCAGUUAAUGGCACGCGCAGUCUACGAUGACGAUAGAAUGCUCGUGGACCAUUUCUUCCGCAAUUUCCGGUCCGCACAGCACUGGACUUUCCUGGCCAAGUUCUAUACGGCAACCAUACUGCGCGUGAUGGUAUUUCUAGUUCGAUUACAUAAUUUACAUGCAUCUUUGGGCGCAGCGAAAGCCUUUUCAUUAACAAAUUCUCAUGAUCAAAAUUAACAAGGUUCCGUAUAUUCUGAUCGAAAUCGGCAUCAUCGACGGGCAAUCGCUGAUGUGCGCAUGCAUUUCUUAUGCAGUAGUCCAGCGGGCGGAAUCUUGUCGGUAUUUGUUGUUAUUACCAAACUUCAGGGACAAUUAAUAGCAAUCCACAUAUCCUUCUAGUACCGAGCGCAAAAAAUGGACCUAGGAAAUCUCGACUAUUGCGAAAAACUGCCGUUGCUUCGGCAGGCAAAGUCGAUGCGAUCCAUGAUCGAUGAUUUGAGUACGAAGGAGCAGAACAAUUCCACCUUUUCGCAAGUUGUCGCUUCUUAUCGCUGGUGCAUGCGCAAAACCCUCCCCAAAAAUUGUGACGCCAAUGAGUUACGCAACACCUGCGCCGUGCUGUUGGACACGCUGGAGGCAAUUUGUGCCAAACAGAAGUGUCAAGCGAAAUUAGCGGAGGGGAUGGCGUCUGCGAUUGAUUCGCUGUACAGCCACCUGUCGGAGAUCUGGAAUUAUCCGGCCCAGGACGAGGCGAUGAUGGGCCGCAAAUGGGCGUCUGUGCUCCUCGCGCGCCAGUUCGCCCACACCGCAGUGCAGAUCUAUCGCACCUACCACAAGCAGUCCUCCGCCGACAUCGCGAACUUCUACAACCACGAGAAAAAGAAGUACAAAGAAGCCCGCUUGAAGCAGUUCAACUUGCGAAAGGAAGGAAAGGCUCUGCAUGAUGAGAAGAAGGAGGAAUCCAAGAAAGAAGACUUGCAGAAGCCGUCUGAGGAUGAUAGCUCAUACCCGUCUUCGGAUUCUGACUAAACAAUUUUAAAAAAUUUCUUCUUCAGUUGUCUCGGACGGAUUGUCGGGUCGCAGAUCGCAGUGCGCAACUUCGUUCAGACCAGCGGGCGACUAAUCGCACGCGCCUUGGCUCGAUGCCUGGAACUGCACCCGGAGCCGUAUAGUUUUACCUUUCUUUCCCUUUCGCGCAAUGGCGCAUGUUUUUUGUUUGCAUCAUGAUGAUAUUGGCAUGACGAAAAUACUUUAUACCACUUAGAACCAAAUCACAAUCACUCGAUCAGGUUAGAUGACGACCUGCCACCGAGCAGACACACAUCCUCAUCGGAAGACGAGCGAGUGGAUUCGUCAUCGGGUGAUGAUUCUGAUGCGGAGGUCGUGAACCCGCAAGAAGCCAUUGAUGCAGUCCACCAGCACCAAGACUGAUGUGUGUCAGUCUCAUCGUGGAUUUCAAAAAAAUUUGUUCAUCUUGUAGAAACAUUUGACUCAACAAGAACGGAAAAUAGAUAGACAAAAACACAGACGACAGAGGACCACGGCAGCAGGAUUGUUCUUCUUUCGUUUUGAUCACAAUCUGUGCAAGAGCAUCGGUUUUCAGUACUUUGCUGCGUCCUUUCCAAUCGUCAGUGUCAUUUUGAUUGUCGUCGUCCGAUCCCGCUACCGUCUAUUCCAAUAAGCUUCCCGCACAGUUUCACAGAUGUCAUAUACACAUGUUUGGUUUGUAAGUGGGCGCAGGUGGCCUCACGAGCGAAUAUGUUACUUUCAGAAACUAGAGAGAAUCGAGCGCAACUUCAUGUGCAACCUGAGGGGUUGCUCAGACGAGAUUUUAUGUGAAAUACAAUCAAACUGGCUACAAAAAAAUGCGCACCUCCUCUCCACGUCCUCCGCGGACGCACAUGAAGGCCUAGCGGCAGCAUGCGCAGACGCGAAAUGUCAUUUAUCUAGGUUUCGGAUUUUUGAUCUGAUUGAAAAUGAGCGAAAAAUGAGAUAAAGAAAUGCGCUCGUCACCUCUCGUUAUGUUUUGCGGGGUGCAAAUAGGCCGCUCAGCAGCAUUGCUGCGCGCACAAGAUGCGCAGGACAAGAGAGCAACAAAAAGACACAAGACGCAGCACGCCUCCUUCUGCGGAGCCCAAAUAGGAAAGCCACCAAAAGUAGCGGAGCCGGCACAAGAAAUUCAUCACUGGAUAGCGCAAGAAAAUGCGGCAUCAAUCAUGAAAGAUAAGCCGAGGCCAUGCAAGAAGGAUUCGCAGAAAGAAUGCGACGCGUGCUGGGACGACCCCUCGCUGAUCUUUCCGCAGGAAACAGUGGUGACAUGGGGCAGCCACUUACCGCAGCCGGGAAAAGCGCCACGAAGCCAUCAGUGCGACAUCGACACCGUAGACCUGUCACGUCUGUUUACAUGCGGGAAUGAGUUCGGUGACCCUUUCAAUUUCGCGCCGUGCUCCCCCUUCAAAAAAGAAGACUACGAGAAGGCGGGCGCACCUCUGACACGAGCAGCAGGCAGGAAACUGCUGCAAGACCAAGAGGGCCCGAGCGACAGGUGGCGCAAGGCCGAGGAUGGCCAGGCGUUCGCGGGUCUAACGAUAAACCCAGAAGAAUGUGUACGGUUUGGACUACAGCCAGAAGUUUUGCUGAAAGCCUGCACGGGGAUAAAGUUCCAACAAAUCGCAGAGCACCUAGACCCGGUAGUAUGCGAGAACUACCCGGCGGCCAAGCAGAGCCCGGAGGUCUACAGUAACGAGCUCAAGCGCUUCUUCGAGUGCAAAAAGAUCAUCCUGUACGAUGUGAAAUCAGAAAAGAACGACAAAGGCGAAAGUGUGGAAGUGUGCGACUACCCCAGCGACUUGACGCGCGUGCCAGGAAAUCUGCUGUUCCAACGCGACGACAAGAUCAGGGUAGUCAGCGACUACAGCAGCGAGUGGGCCCUGAUAAGCCAGUCCAUUUUUUCCACCGAAGUAAACUACAAGACCUACUGGGAUAUGUUUCUGCUGCUGAAGCCGAACUCCGUCGGGAGUGGUAUCGACUUCAUGGACUCCUUCGGCCACUGGUUGGCGCACGCACGUUUUCGCCGCAUGCUUGGAAUAAGUCUCGAAGGGACAGUACAAAAAGGAGGACAUUUGUGCUGUCCUUUUGGCAUCGGACCAGCACCGGGCGAAAGCGAUUUCUUCGUGAAAGCAUUUCUUGCUGCAGUGAAGAGAAACGGAGUAUCGUCGCCAGCACUCGACUACGUAGACGACGUGAGAUUUAUAACCAGCCCGGUUGACGGCAAACCACACUUCGAUAAAGCCAAGCUCGACCUCGGCCGAGCAGUGUACAUACUUACCCGCAUGGGCAUCAAGAUUCACCACAAGGAGUCGAAGCUAAUACAGCCGUCGACAAUUUUCCCCUGGCUGGGAAACGUUUUCAACACAGACCCGAGGUCGUGCAACAUCAUGCUCGAGCCCAAAAGGCGCAAGGAAUACCUGCAAGCAGUGCGAGACUUCAAGCAGGCAGGCAGUAACAAAGAAGCGAAAGCCAGAGACGUAGCCAGCAUCAAAGGAAAAUUAGGUUCCUGCGCGCUCAUCCACCCACGCGGGCCACUGGACGAGCUGAGCAAGUUGCUGGUAGCUUCAACAGCACCGAAGCAGUGGGCGAAGCUGAGCAGGCAGCUCAAUCCGCCAGUUGAAAUCUCGGACGCCGCUUUCGAAGACUUGGAUUUGUGGGAAGACCUGCUGUCGACCGACCACACAAGACAAAUGCUCUUCAACGGCGAGCAGACCUUUAUUUGGUCUCGUGAAGUCUUGGCCUUCGGAAAAGCCUUUUUCGCGUCGUUGGGGCCAGAGCUGUUUAUCGGUGUUUACAUGGACGCAGCAAAAGGCGACAUCGAAAACUGCGAAGACCGAAGAAACAGAGGCUGGGGCGGCACCGUAGCGGACCACUAUUUUCGCGGACUCUUCGAUCGACGAAAAAGUGCCAGAUACCGCCAGCAUCAACGAGCUAGAGGCCUUGACAGUUCAGCACGUGCUAGACGCGGCCAGAGAGAAGUUAGGAGACGCAUAUUUUCACCAGAAAAUAAUCCUGAUCAAAACCGACAAUCCAACGGCAAAAAGAACCACGAACAAGGGCUCCGCGGCAACACCGAUUCUCAAGAACGUGACGAAAAGCUUGACAUCCUUCGCUUCCAGCACAGGCACAGAAAUAGUCGCAGCCAAGAUCGCGGGCGAAGUGAACAUCAUCGCCGACGCCCUGUCACGCCACGAAGAGCAUUUAUUUGUCAGUCAGAGAGCCCCCGGGCCGCGGGAGGCACUAAAUCCCAGCUAAUUUUUGCGGGAUUUCCCCGAAGCCCAUAGGUUGGGCGGUGGUUUUCUUCCCCGGGCGUUGAAGGCCCCCGGGCCCGCUGGGUUCCUCCCUUUUCCGCAGCUCCCGGGGACCCGGGUUUUUCGCAAAGCCCCCGCUGACCCGGCGUGCUUUUUUCAAUGAAAAGGCAUGGCGGGAAUUAAAAUUUAAAAAUUCGGGCCGUUUGCAGGGGAUUCGGAAUUUCGAACGCCGCGGGGGCUUCUUUGGUAUUUUCGUCCCCGGGUGGCCCCGAAGGUGGUGGGUAGCGCUCGCGGUCUGGCUUUCCUGGGGGCCCUCGGGCUUUCGGAUUGGGCUGUGAAGACCCCAGCCGUGUGGCCAAUGUUGAAAUCCCUCCGCCCUAUCAUUGCUUCACUUUUUCGCAAAGCCAUUGUCGUUUGGCUUUUCGAAAGCACCGCCAGGGUUCCCAGUUUUCUCGUGUUCUAUUUUGGACUUCUAAAUGUGCUCGCUGUUUUGUUUUCUAUUUUUCUGCGGGAUUCGCGUGUUCGGCAGCUGUCUUUUCAUCUUCUAUUUUUCGCGACACUGGAGAUUUCCAAAGGAAAUCCUCCAAAGCGCGAAUUUAGAAGUUGAAAAACAGCCGCUCGAGCAUGCGAAUCCCGCAAAAAAUAGAAAGCAAAAUAGAAGCACGAUUUAGAAACCAAAAUAGAAUACGAUUUAGAGCCCCGAUUUAGAACAUGGAAAUAGAAUACGAUUUAGAGCACGAAAAUAGAAUACGACUUAGAAGCAAAAAUAGAACCCAAAAAUAGAAACAAAAAUAGAACCAAAAUUAGCCGGGGAAUUAGCAGCGAAAAUAGCCGCCCGCGGGGGCUGUUUCGUGUGGGUGUAACUGGGUGGGGUUUCCGAUGGUUGAUGUUGUUUUUCGGGCGGCUUUGGGAUUUGGGAUUUUGGCUUGUGGGAAUUCGUCCUGUGUGAGAUUGCCGCCCCUGCCAUACUCCAUGUGCAGAAGGUGGCCUGCUUCCCAUUGGGUGCUUUUUGUUUUCCUGAAGUUCCUUGCCUGAUUGCUUUGGGAUCUUAUGUGGCGCAACUUGGGCGCUCGGUUUUCCGGGUUUGGGUCUUCACCCAUUGUCCCGGGUCUCGGGGUUUGAAAAAAUCCCGCAGAAAUUAGCUGGAAAUUAGCGGCCGCCACCGCCCCGGGGUUUCUGGCUGAUAUUUGCGUUUAAAGAUCCUUUUCCGGAUAAAACUUUGCGCAAGCGCUCGUGGAGCAUUGUGAUGCGCGAGAUACCGGGUUUGAAUGUCGACUGUUUUGCAGAUCACCACAACUGGCGUUUCCCGGAAUACUACACUGCGCACAAUCAUCCGCUCGAUAGCUUCGACGUGUUUUAUAACAAACGUUCGUGGUGGUUCCCACCAAUACGCCUUGCAAUAGUAGCAGCGCGCUUCCUCGCCAACUUCCAAAAGAUUCCAGUAGCUCAAAGACCACGCUUUGCGCUGAUGCUGCCGAUGAUCAGCCCCAUGUUCUACGACCUAGCGUCCAACUUCGUGCAGUUCUGCACGUACAAAAAGGGUUCCAAGGUGUUUUGCGCAGCGCAGUGCCCACUCGUGUACGGAGCACACGAAGACUGGAUGUUGUUGUUGUCUGUGCAUCUACACGACUGGGGAAGAGACAGAGAAAAGACAGAAAUAGGCGCGCAAGUUACAAAAAUUUUACGCAGGCCUUACUUUCGUCAAUUUCCCGAGCUCGCUAGGAGCAAGUUAAGAAUUAUGGAUAUUUGCUAUGCGCGCGAGCGGUUUAUAGUCCACAACACAUGCUGCGUCCCGUGCAAGCCCAGCGGUUUGGCGGCACAGCUGUUUGCAAAAUAUCCGAAGGCAAACCGCUACGGGGAGCCGUUUUCUGCGAAACCACUAGGAGGAUAUGAAGUGAUAGGAAAAAUUGUCAAUAUUUACGCUAUGGUCUGGCCAGGAAAACCCGUCCUCAACAGAGUCCCACGACCAUCAGACGUAGUACCGGUAGAAGCAUUUACAGCAGACGACUCAGCAGAAGCUCGUCUUUUUCGUUUCAAAAACGCGUUGCGCGACUUUAUUUUGUCAAUCAUAGACGAGACAGAAUCAGUAGCAAUCCCGCUCAGAAUUGGACAAGGCUCAUGCGCAGGAGGACAAAAAGAAUACUGCGCAGUGAUCGCCAAAGCCAUCGACGUCGCAUUUCGAAACAAUGUAGACGCCAGCAUUUAUGAGAAGCCGCGCGCUCUAUAAUUUCAAAUCCACACACCUUGCCCUGGGAUACUCUGGAAUUAGCGCCCAAACUACACGUUUGUAGCAUGUGCUCUGUUCUAGUCCUAGCUGGAAAACGCAGAUCACUUCAAGAUCAAGACCUCGUGGGUCAUUCGGUCUAGAUCGCGUGUGUGUGUGUCGGGUACUGAGCUUGUGCGGUCGCUCAGCAAAAUAAUUACGAAACCUUUGCUCUACGACAACAAUUAUGAGAUCUAAGGUUUUCGUAAGGAAAUAGUUGAUCGUCAAUUGUGGGAGUUGUCUAUAGUCGGUUUCGUAUCCGGGGCUGUGAGCAUCCGGUCACCACACUCACAUUCUGUUGAAAACCCACCCACCCGCACCAAACUGUGUCGGCUCUGGGCAGUGUUCUAUGAAACAAUUCGGUCGUUUCGUUCAUCACGAAAAGACUAUAGAUAGCUCCCACGAUUUUUGUAUAAAUCGUUCAAGCCACUACCCGUUCACACCAGAGCAUAUCCAUGCGCGCCCAAACUACACGUUUGUAGCAUGUGCUCUGUUCUAGUCCUAUCUGGAAAACACAGAUCACUUCAAGAUCAAGACCUCGUGGGUCACUCGGUCUAGAUCGCGUGUGUGUGUGUCGGGUACUGAGCUUGUGCGGUCGCUCAGCAAAAUAAUUACGAAACCUUUGCUCUACGACAACAACUUUAAUCGGGAAAAGGCGUUCCACCAGUGGCGAACCGCUUUUCACACUGGCAUUGUGGCGUACUUCCCGCCCGGGGUGGUGGAUCUGGAUGAGAAGGAUAUCCAAGCAAAUACAACCGACGUGAAAGCUCAUGAUAUUGCAGCGCAGAAUGGCACGGUGAUUGAAGGGGGAAAGAACACCAUCAAUACAACAAGCAGCGCAACAAGAACGUCACCGCUGUGGGAGAAAAGCGCCAACACGAUUUGGUUAGAUUUCCUAACUACCGCUCGCGCGCUCCGCGGAAAAGCACUGUUCAGUGCGACGAACGACUUGCGGAUGGUGCACAAUGCCGCUGAAGGCAAUGAAAUGAAUGCUGUUGCUGACGGAACGGCAACGGCAUCAAGUCCUCGUGAUUCAGUUUCAUCAUCGCACGAUGAAACAAGUCGCCAAGUCCAAAUCUACGUUUUCAAGUCGGCCGAGAACCGUGCGGUAAAGUACCCGACUCCGGAACAACUAACCGCAGAGAAGCUGACCGAGUUCAGCAAAAGACUCGCAGUUCCGCUCGUCUCCAACUUUGAUUUUCACUCCAGGCAACAGUUAGCAGAGUUGAAAAUGCCCAUUGGGCUCCUCUGGGUGCAGAAUCAGGACGAAAACAUUGAUACAGCUCUUGCCAAACAGGAACUGGAGCGGAAAGGAGGGUCAGCAAAGAAAGUCAAUGACAACUACACCGGAGCUGCAUCGUCCGGCAGCGUUUCGGAAGAUGACAGUGGCGAAGAGAUGAACUACCGCAGCGAGGAAGAGGAUGUAGAUGAAACUACCACCGCCGUUGAGAUCGUCGAGAAACUGGCGCGGAAAUUCGAGGGCAAGAUGGCAUUCGCGAAGUUAAAUGUGACGACCGAGGGCAUUUACAUGCGGGAAUUCGGGUUUCACCCGGCGAGAUCCCUUCCAGCGUUCGGAAUUGUCAACACCGUCGACGCGCUGACAGGCGGUGCUCCAGGAGGAAUGCAAGGAAUGCCGGGGUUGGAAGGUACAGCCUGAUUGCUCGUGUAGUGGUCCGGCGGUUGUACUUACCUCCGCUUUUCCUUUUUUCGUCUCUUUGACAGCUUGCACUACAAAACUUAAUUUUUUGUCUAAGAAGCAAGCUUGCACUACACUGUCUCUUUGACAGUGAGAUCAAGAUGUUUUACUAUUCAUAAGGAGGGAACGAAGGGGACCUACAGGCACGAAUCUUGUUCGAAAUCUACAUCUCACAAGGCACGAAGUCCUCGCUCGCUUUGGACGGCGGAGCCCGCUACGCGUUUGCAGAACGGGUGACACAGGGUUCGGAACAGAAGUUGGCCCAGUUCGUCGACACCUACUUGCACGACCAGCAGAAGCUCUCAAAGGCUUUUCGCACGAACGAGCUGUCGGCGAAGUACGAAUGGCUGGCGAAUCGGGGACAGGUCCAGGAAACGGUGUGGAGCCGACUGUGGGAAGAUUUGGGAUGGUGGAGCGAAACCAAAAAAGACUCUCAUGUCCUCUUCGAGCUCUACGCGCCGAACCGUCCGCAACACUCUACCCACAUGCUGCUGGUGAAUUUGCUUGCUGUCGCGCUGAAGAAGGUGCAAGGGUUCAAAAUUGUGCGAAUGGACACGGAAAACAAUCACGUGCCAGAGGAAUUCAAGAAGCCUUCUUUCGCAUCAAGUUCAUCUAGCAAGAAUAAGCAUCUGAGGUCUGAGAAACAGCACAACUCAGCGCCCGGAGCAAACAUUUUCGACACCGCGAGCGGACAGGCUCCUGCAGCAACGGAAUACUUCUUCCUCGAUACGAAGGCAAGGAAGGUUACACGCUUCAAGAGUUUCCAAAGCGCGAAAUUGCUCGAUUUGCCGGUGAAGUUAUUGCAGUUCGUGAAAACGCAGCUGGAGAAGGGAGUAGAAGGCUUGGAAAGAACUGCACAUGUGCAACAGGAUGAAACUGCAGAGACGGAAGAUGAAAAAGAGACGAGCAAGAUCGCUGAAAUAAACGAAGAACCGUCAAAAUUUGCGAGUGGAAAUGCUGCUCAUGUUGCUCGUGCGCAAGUAGAGGAACUUUCCACCGCAGAUUACGAGGAACGUGAGGAGGCGGACGAGCACCGCGAGGUGGACGAGCCACGGUUACUGACAUCAAACCCCAUGAUGAUCGGGUCUACUUCAGGGGCUGUAGCUAUGCUAUCUCCUUCCUCUCUUUUUUCUGAACACGGCCACUUCAAACCCGAGCCCCUCCCGGUCGUCUUCAGUGCCGCAAAAGAGUUUGUGAAACGGGAAGUCCGCGAGAAGGUGCGGAAAAUGAAGCGGAUCGAGCGGGAGCGAGAGAAGAAACACCACGAAGCCUGGGCGCAGUACGAAAUCGAGGAGUUUUUACGGUACGAGAGGAAAGGAUACGACUUACACGGAGCCGCUGGGAUGGCCGGGUCGUUGGGGAAUCUAGCUGCAGGAAUGGGUGGGGGGAAAAAUGGAGGUGGUGGUGGCGGGGGCGGCGGGAGAAAAUCUAAAGAUUGAAAUGGAAGCUACUUAUCUUGUUCUAAAGUUCAUCAAGCUUGUUGUAGUAAAUUGCCAGUGUGAACGAGGAGGAGGUAUUGGGCUCUCAGGAAGUAAAAAUCACCAUCACAUCUAAUGAGUUUCUUUAUCCAGAUGACCAGAAUGGCAAUGGUUCCGUACAAAAUCUAGCGAACAAACAACUCAUCUGCAAGUUGAAAGAGAAACGUGUGUGUCUAUAAACGAAUGUCGCCGGAAUCGGAAUCGGAAAGUCAAAGUUGUUAGUUGUAGAAAACAUGCGUACUGAU